AUGAAGAACAACCUCGUAUUCAGCAGUGAUUUGUCCACAAAACUGGUCUACUGGAAUCAAAGUGCAGAUUGCUGUUUGUGGGAAGGUGUAAACUGCGCGGAAGGACGUGUUAUUGGUCUCGAUCUGACCAACGAAUCCAUCUCGGGUGGACUUGACAACUUAAGCAGCCUCUUCAAUCUUUCGUAUCUCCAGAGCUUGAAUUUGGCUUUCAACAACUUCAACGGCUCUCAAAUUCCAUCAGAGUUUGACAAGCUGGCAAAUUUGAAUUAUUUAAACCUAUCAAAUGCGGGCUUUGAUGGGCAGAUACCAAUGGCGAUUUCACACUUGACAAGGUUGGUUACUCUUGACCUGCAUUACAACUCACUGAAUGGGAGUAUUCCAAUUUCCUUGUUUUCCCUUCCAUUAUUGCAAACAUUACAACUUUCCAACAACCAAUUUUCUGGUCAACUCAAUGAAAUUCUCAAUGUUUCUUCUCACCUCCUGGACACCCUUGAUUUGAGUAGCAACAACUUGGAAGGGCCAAUACCCAUGUCUGUCUUUGAACUCCAACGGCUUAAGAUCCUCUCACUUUCUUCAAACAACUUCAAUGGAUCCUUGCAGCUUAAUGUGAUUCAACAGUUGAGCAAUCUUUUGCAUCUUGAUCUUUCAUACAAUAGGUUAUUGAUUGAAUAUAAUGGAACUAAUUCGUCAUUCUCCUCCUUUCCCCAGAUUGCCACAUUAAUAUUGGCUUCUAGCAAGAUGAAAAAAUUUCAUGAUUUCUUGAGAAACCAAUCCAAACUAACUUAUCUAGACCUUUCAGACAACCAGAUUGAAGGAGAUAUACCAAACUGGCUCUUGAAACAUCGUAAUCUUAUUGGCUUAAAUCUCUCUUUUAAUCACCUGGUGACUCUGGAUGGACCACUCUCUAAUCUUUCUUCUUUGAGUGUUCUGGACCUUAGUUCAAACCAACUCCAAGGACAACUCCCAAAUCUACCACCAUUUGUCACGUACGUGGAUUUCUCGAGCAAUAAUUUCAGCUCUGUAAUACCAGUUAGUACUAUUGACUCCCUUACUUCUGCUUAUUUCUUCUCUCUUUCUAGCAAUAAGGUCCAUGGGAGUAUCCCUGAAUCAAUAUGCAAUGCAACAUAUCUUCAAGUUCUAGAUUUGUCUUAUAAUCUCUUCAAUGGAAAAAUACCCCAGUGCUUGAGUGAGAUGUAUCGGACUCUUCUGGUGCUAAAUCUAAGGAGAAACAAGCUCAUUGGUUCAAUUCCUGAUUCCUUUGAAGGCAAUUGUAGUUUACGAACUUUGGAUUUCAGUGAAAACCUAAUUAGAGGACUGUUACCGAAGUCUUUAGCCAAUUGCACAAAGUUGGAGGCCUUGAACAUCGGGAACAAUCUCAUCGAGGAUGCCUUUCCAUGUUACUUGAAGAACACAUCCAUGUUGCGCAUCCUUGUUUUGCGAUCUAACAACUUUACCGGGCCUGUUGGUUGUUCAGAGCCUAAUGUCACUUGGCCGAUGCUUCAAAUUGUAGAUAUAGCUUCAAAUAAUUUUACCGGUAAGCUUCCAAAAAUUUAUGGCUGGAAGGCAAUGAUGGAUGAUGAAAUUGAGGCCCAAUCAGAGCAUACGCACCUCCAAUUUGAAGUCCUGAGACAAUAUUACUAUCAAGAUUCCAUAACAAUUACCUUCAAUUUUACUAUGGAGUUGGUGAAGAUUCAAAAUGUUUUCACUGUGAUUGACUUUUCCAGCAACAAUCUUGAGGGGCCAAUACCAGAAGAAUUUGGAGGACUUAAAUCAUUAUAUGUUCUCAACUUGUCGCAUAAUGCUCUUACAGGCCAAAUUCCACCAUCUCUAGCAAACUUGACUCUACUAGAGUCAUUAGACUUGUCCAGGAACAAUCUUACAGGGGAGAUUCCAAUGCAACUUGCAGAUGGUCUUACUUUUCUUUCUUUCUUAGACCUUUCUUUCAAUCAAUUGGUGGGGCGAAUUCCACAGAUUAAGCAAUUUACUACAUUUUCUGAAGCUUCAUUUGCUGGAAAUAAAGGAUUGUGUGGCUUCCCUUUGCAAACAGAAUGCCCAUAUGCAGAGCCAGCGUCACCUCCAACAUUUGAAAGAAGUCAUUCAAAUUCGGAGAUUGUGAAUGAUUGGGACUUUAUGAGAGUUGAACUGGACUUAUUUUUGGUUUUGGAAUUGUAA